AUGAGCCGUUUGUCCGGCCAAAAUCUCAACAAGAUAUGGCCUGAACUUACGAUCAGCCAAAAGAUAAACGCUAUGCACAUCGUUGUCCAUGUCAUGGAGAAAUUACAUACUAUUCAGGAACCCAAGGCAGGUAACAUCGCCAGUCUAACAAGACUACCAUAUCCUCCCAAUAAGGUGAUCCCAGAAAUCCAAGCCUUCAAGACCAGUCAAGACCAGGUAUCAGCAUUCUCGGGGCCCGCGGACCGCCCUGCUGAGGCUAUGACUACACGUCAGUUCUUGAUACAUCAGAGCUAUAGAUGGAAGAUACUAGAGGAAGACCGUGACGACGGCGACAAAGCUCCUUGGUAUUGCUUCGAUAUCAUCACACAGGCACUAUACGACAACGGCUUCAUCCCAGACGAUGACAAGUUUUACUUCUGCCAUCUCGACCUCUAUCCGCGAAACAUGCUCGUAGAGAUUGAAAAUGAGUCCAGGCUCUCACUCACCGGACUACUCGACUGGGAUGCUCAGUUCGUAUACUUCUGCCCCAAAUUCGUCGCUUAUCGUGCUCCGUUCUGGCUAUGGGUAUCAGGCGGUCAAUGGUACGAUGAAAUGAUAGCUGCAGACAUGCCAGAAGAUGCCGAGUACCGGCGAUUGAAGAGCUUGUGGGACAAAGAGGCGAGUACUGAGUGGAAGCGGUACGCCUACGAACCGGAGUAUAUGAUCGCGAGGAGGAUGUUCGCUCUGCUCCGAGACGGCAUUCAUCAUGAUGGACACAAAGAGGAAGCCAGGUCUAUUGUCGGUGACUGGCAGGUGCUUUAUCCCGAUCAGAGGCUUGCCACCGCAUACGCGAAUGAUGAGAGCGAUCAGACCGAGGCAAGUAUGGACUUUGAGGACCUGGAUGAAGGCAUAUACACAUUGGCUCAACAAGACUUUGAGCUCGGUGACGUACUGGAUGAAGAUGAUGAGGCUUGA